UACACUUAACCAACAUUGUUAAACAAUUUAUGAUAAAAUAGUUUUUUUAAGCUAAAAUAUACAAUUAUUAUGACUUUUUUAAGAACUUUAUUACUUAAAACUAAUAGAAAAUGUUUAAUUAAUCACAGACGUUACUUUAGCAGUAAGGAUAUACGCAAUAUAGGCAUAUUAGCCCACAUAGAUGCCGGUAAAACUACCACUACCGAACGCAUGCUCUUCUAUUCGGGCAAAACAAGAUCUUUGGGUGAGGUCCAUAGGGGUAACACAGUAACAGAUUAUCUCUCACAGGAAAGGGAACGUGGAAUAACAAUAUGUAGUUCAGCGGUAACAUUUCCUUGGAAAGAUAAAAAAUUCAAUUUAUUAGAUACUCCCGGUCAUAUAGAUUUUACCAUGGAAGUGGAGCAGUCUCUUUAUGCUGUGGAUGGUGUUGUUGUAGUUUUGGAUGGUACGGCGGGCGUUGAGGCUCAAACUGUUACUGUAUGGUCUCAGGCGGAAAAACAUCGUUUACCCAAAAUAAGUUUUGUCAAUAAAAUGGAUCGUCCUGAUGCUGAUUUUGUGAAAUGUGUUAAGGAUUUGUCGGCAAAGUUGGAUGCUAAACCUAUAUGUAUACAAUAUCCUCAUAAAGAUGAUAAGGGAAAUUUGUCUGUUUUUGAUAUUAUACGUCUGGAACACAUUAUCUGGGAUGCUAAAAGUUUGGGACGUAAUUACAAAUCGGAACCAGUAAGUGAUGAAAGUCUUUUAUUAGAACUGCAAGAUAAACGAAAUGCCCUGAUAGAUGAACUCUCCGGUAUUGACGACAAUCUGGCCGAUAUUGUUAUCAGCAGUGAGGGCUUUGAUAAGAUAACAAAUGAAAUGAUUUAUUCUGCUUUAAGACAAGCCACCUGCCAACAAAAAAUUGUUCCAGUACUGCUGGGUUCGGCCUAUAAAAACGUAGGCAUACAAAAGUUAAUGGAUGCUAUUGUAGAUUAUUUACCUCAUCCUCAGGAACGCAAUCAACUAUAUGAUUGUUUUGAAAAAGAUUUUGUGGGUAAAGUCUUCAAAAUUUUUCACGAUAAACAAAGAGGUCCCUUGACAUUGGUGCGUGUUUUAAGAGGUAAUAUGACUAAAAGUAUGCGUUUAACAUCUACCAGAGCUCAAGCGGAAACUGUGGGUAAAAUCUAUGAACCCUUGGCAGAUGAGUACAGAGAAAUAUCUUCGGUAGAAGCAGGAGAUGUAGCCAUAUGUUCGGGAUUAAAGCACACUGUCACCGGAGAUUUACUGGUAACUAGCACAACAUCUUUAAAAAAUGCCCAAAAACGUUUGAAAAAACAAUUGGGAACACAACAAUCGAUUGAAACAACUGCAUCGGAAGAAGAUAUUGAAACAGAUUUAAUUAAUGAAAUAUUUUCUCUAGAACCACAAAUACCCGAUGCUGUAUAUUUCUGUUCCAUAGAACCACCCAGUGUUUCGUAUCAAAAUGCCAUGGAAUUAGCCUUAAAACAGUUACAACGAGAAGAUCCCAGUUUGCGUGUUUCCCAUGAUACGGUGACGGGACAAACGGUUCUAGGCGGUAUGGGUGAAUUACAUAUGGAUAUAAUAAAAUCUCGUAUUUUAAGUGAAUAUAAAAUCGAAGUGGAUUUGGGUCCUUUGCAAAUAGCAUAUAAAGAAACUAUUGCCGAACCGGCUGUUAAGACAUUUAGUAUUGAGAAAGAAAUAGCUGGUUCCAAACAAAGUGUCUCUAUUACCUUGGAACUGGUGAAAGAUAAUAAGGAGCUAUUUAGUCUGUAUAAAACAUCAGAUACUACAAAUAAUUUACAGGCAUUAAGGCCGCGUACUUUGCAGGUUAUACGUAAGGGAUGUAUUUCGGCCUUGGAAAGGGGUCCCAAAGUCGGUGGUCAAGUGGUGGAAACACAAAUAAGACUACAUAGUGUGACUAUAGGUCGCGGCACAGCGGAUUCAUUUUUAAUGGCUGCAGCUGCUCAAUGUGUGCAAAAGAUUCUAUCCGAAAAUGAAACACGCCUCUUAGAACCCAUUAUGGCCAUACAAAUUGUAAUACCAAGCGAUAGAACUUCUAGCAUAUUAUCCGACUUGGCACGUCGUAGAGCCGUUAUCAAUGAUGUUCUACCCAAAGGCGAUAAAAAUAAACUAAUCCUUGUUAAUGCUCCUUUAGCUGAAUUAUCAAAUUAUUCUAGUAUUUUAAGAACUAUAAGUUCUGGCACAGCCAGUAUGACCAUGCAACCUUGUGGAUUUUCCCUAAUGCAAAGCAACGAUGAGGAUCAAGCCAUAAGAAGAGCUCAGGGUUUUGAAUAGUUUUAAGUAAAACAUCAAAAACUACAUUAAGUUACAACUCUGCUGACUGCAACUGUGCUCCACCUUGUUUUUCGAAAUAAAAUUAAA